GGAUCUCUCUAGAUAUCCGAGCCAACCCCUUCAUCCCGCAAUUUUUCUCGCUUUUUAGCCCCGGAUAAUUAAGCAGCGAACAACACCGAUAUCGACCCCUCAAAUUCUCCGCCAAAACUCGUGAUCCAACAAUUUGUUCCACGGUGAUUCUUUCCUUCAUGGUUAAACAAAUUAAUGCUUGGAAGCUAAGAGUAAUUGUACCACCACUUUCACUAUGAAGUCGACAUCAUCCCCCACUAUCUUAAGCUCUCUAUUCACUUGCAUCUCAAUUGACUUUGGGUAAAUCUCUACUUGCUCUUUAUCCUUUCAAAAUUUCAAAUACAAUUCACACUAUCAUCAUGGCUUCAGAUUUGAAACCCCUCAAUGUCCUUAUGGUGGGAACCGGUGAAUAUACCACCGGAUUCGUAGGAGGUGGAGCUUCAGGAUCAGAUAAGAAAGUUGGAGUUGUAGGACUUUCAUUGUUCGAUCUGCGAAGACGUGGAAAGGUUGAUAAAUUGUCUAUGGUUGGCACAUCUGGAGGAAAAUUCCCAGCUAUCCGUGAACAUCUUAACAAAAAUAUUUCCCAAGUUUACAACAAUCUCGACACAUCCUUCGAUUCCUUCCCAGCGAAUGACAAAACAGAUCCAGCAGCCUACAAAACUGCUAUCGAUGCGCUUUCCCCAGGUGAUGCCAUCACAAUCUUUACUCCCGACACAACCCAUUACCCCAUUGCUCUCUACGCUAUUGAACGUAAAAUCCACGUUUUAAUCACCAAGCCCGCAGUCAAAAUUCUUUCUCAGCAUCUCGAGCUUCUUGAAGCUGCCAAAAAGAAUGGUGUCUUCGUAUACAUUGAGCAUCACAAACGAUUCGAUCCCGCGUACUCCGAUGCUAGACACAAGAGUUUGGGAUUAGGUGAUUUCAAUUACUUUUACAGUUAUAUGAGUCAACCCAAAUCACAAUUGGAGACUUUCAAGGCUUGGGCUGGUGUAGAUUCGGAUAUUAGUUAUUACCUGAAUUCGCAUCACAUCGAUAUUUGCGAGUCAAUGGUUUCACAGCAGGGAUUUUUGCCAGUCAAGGUCUCAGCGAGUGCUAGUAAGGGAACGGCUGUUGGAUUGGGUUGUGAUCCAAUUACAGAGGAUACUAUUUCUUUACUUGUGCAUUGGGUGAAGAAGGAUGACCCAAACAAGAGAGCCACCGGUGUAUAUACUGCAUCCUGGACUGCGCCACAAAAAGCUGGUGUUCACUCAAAUCAAUAUUUCCACUACAUGGCCAGUGGAGGAGAAAUCCGCAUUGAUCAAGCCAAGAGAGGAUACGAUGUUGCAGAUGACAAAGUCGGUCAAUUGAUGUGGUAUAACCCAUUCUACAUGCGUUAUGCACCAGAUGAGGAGGGCAACUUCGCUGGACAGACAGGAUAUGGAUAUGUCAGUUUCGAGAAAUUUGUCGAUGGAUGCAGAUUAGUCAAUAGAGAUGGUGUUUCUGCCGUCAAGGUCUUGGAUGAUAGAGGAUUACCCACCUUAGGUAAUACUGUCGGUACAACCGCUAUCUUGGAAGCUGGGAGAAGAGCUUUAGAUGAGAACAGAGAGGUGGAAAUUAAGGUCGAGAAUGGUGUUUGGUCUCUUGUUUAAGGAAAAGGAGCGACGGUUAAUAUCUGGGUGUUUAAUGAACAUCACUGCAAGGUGCAGUCAAUGAAUGAAAUUAUUAUGAUCACUUUAAUGCUUCAUUUUUAUACUAAAAUAUGUCGCUAUCUGUUUCA